CGGGCACCGGCCGAGCAUGGAGAAGUACGUGGAGGACAUGGCACUGAAGGCUACCAAGUUCAUGGAGGAUCUGUCCCUCUACGAACCCUGCCCGGAGGGUCCGUACGGCCGGGGUGGCCGCCGGGACAUGGUGCUGCACCCCGACCUGGAGGAGACCAAGCGGGUCAUUGCCGCCCACAUGACGGCAGAGCAGCGGGGCCGGAAGAUGAACGGCACCGCCGCGCCGCCGCCCGCCGAAGCCUUCCCCACCGCCGCCCCCUGCGGCAAAGUCUACCCGCCCGCGGCGCCGGGCGUCCCGCUCCGCGCCGCCAACGGCCGCGCCGCCGAACCACCGCCGGGCGCGGGGCCGCUGUGCUGCGAGGAGGGGCUGUGCACCCGCUCGGAGGUGGCGCUGCCCUGCUACAGCGGCUUCGCCGACAAGGGCAAGCGCUACUCGGCCGAGGGCUACCGCUACGCCGCUGGCAGUGCCUAUGAGGGCGGCUACGUGGCCAAAGGCGGAGGGCGGGUGCCCGGCGCCGGGCCGGACGGCAGGUACGGUGCAGCCAGCCUGGCCGCCUCCUCGCCGGGCCCCGUCGCCGAGCACGGCAAGUUCUCCAGCCCACGGUCCAGCUUGGGCGGCGCGGCCGCGCUACCCUACGAGAAGUUCUCCAGCCCGCGGUCCAGCCUGGUGGUACCCGGCCAAGAGAAGUACGGCAGCCCCCGCGCCAGCCUGGUGCAGUACGACGGGGCCGCCCUCAGCCCCCGCUCCAGCUACGCCAGCACGGCCAGCGACACCAGCAAGCACUCCAGUCCCCGCGCCAGUCUCACCAGUUACGACGGCGCUGGCGGCAGCAAGCCCAGCAGCAACCGCACCAGUGGCAUCAGCAUGGGCUACGACCAGCGCCACGCCAGCCCCCGUUCCAGCACAGCCAGCCAGUACUCCUGCACCACCAGCCCUCGCUCUAGCUACUCGGACUCUAGGUACGGCCCGCCGGGCAGCAGCGCCGAGCCGGAGGCUGCGGGCGGCGCUGGCUUCGUCUUGGCCAGUCCCCGCUCCAGCCUCUGCGGCCCCGAGGGCCGCGUCGCGGCGGGAGCCACCGUGGUGAGCCCCCGCUCCAGCAUCUCCAGCCAGAGCUCGCGGAGCUCCCGCGGCUCCAUGAGCGCCUACUCCGAGCUGCAGCUGCCCUCUCCCCGCUCCUCCCUUCUGGGACCCGGCCUGCAGGAGGACGGCGCCGCGCCGGAGCUGGGGGACGUCUACCGCAAGAUCCAUGCCCAGUCCCCGCCGCGGCUUGACCAGCACCACCCGGCCGCUAUCCCCGAGGCCGUGCCCCCCUACCCCUACAGCCCGACCAAAGGCUCCGUUUCGGCACCCAAAUUCAAGCUCCCCUACCAGGUGACGCCGUGCCGGGAGAGCGGCCCCAGCCAGGCGGAGAGGCGGCUGGAGGCGCUGACGCUGGAGCUGGAGAAGGAGCUGGAGAUUCACAUGAAGAAGGAGUACUUCGGUAUUUGUAUAAAGUGUGGAAAAGGUGUGUAUGGAGCGAGCCAGGCUUGCCAAGCAAUGGGUAACCUAUAUCAUACCAACUGCUUCACAUGCUGCUCUUGUGGGAGAAGAUUACGAGGAAAAGCAUUCUACAGUGUCAACGGGAAGGUGUACUGUGAAGAAGACUUCCUAUAUUCAGGUUUUCAGCAAACAGCGGACAAGUGCUUUGUUUGUGGACACCUCAUAAUGGAAAUGAUCUUACAGGCCCUUGGAAAGUCAUACCAUCCUGGCUGCUUCCGCUGCGUAGUGUGUAACGAGUGUUUGGAUGGAGUCCCUUUCACUGUAGAUGUGGAGAACAAUAUUUACUGCGUGAAAGAUUACCAUACGGUUUUUGCACCAAAAUGCGCUUCCUGUAACCAGCCGAUCCUCCCAGCACAGGGCUCUGAGGAGACCAUUCGGGUGGUGUCAAUGGACAAAGACUACCAUGUGGAGUGCUAUCACUGCGAGGAUUGCGGCUUGCAGCUCAAUGAUGAGGAAGGCCAUCGUUGUUACCCAUUAGAGGGCCACUUGCUCUGCCAUGGCUGUCAUAUCAGGCGCCUUAAUAUUAAACUGCCAUCACAUCCACCUCCGAGCUAUCCGAUGCAUGUCACAGAACUCUGAAAGACAUUUCCAUUACCAAUAAGCUGUUUGAAAGAGAAGACAAAUAUCUAAAAAUUACUUUCCUUCCCUUUCCUUUAAAGAUGAGAUUCCAGUAAUAACCGUCAAACCAGCUAUUUAUUUUUUAAAUCAGAGGUGAGGGGUCCUUUUCUGAUCUUGUACAUAUGCAUUCUUUUAUCUAGAUGCUUUCACUGAGACACCAUCUACUUGAACAAAUAAUUCAGCACUAAACUGUAAAUGUAAAUGGCAGCAUUUCUAAAAGCAAUGGUACAAAGGGCUGCUCUGCACUCCCUAUUCACUUUAUUCCAGUGGGGAUUUCAUCCAAGUAAGGAGUGUUGAAGUACUUUCCAAAAGUUAGCACCUUAUCAUAUUGCAGCAAACUUGGUAAGAUAGAUACUAGUAUUUUAGCUAGCUUUGUUGAAUUCUGGUCUUGGAGAACACAGGCUCACAUUUUUUAAAACUUAGAUUCUCAAAAGUAGAUAUCAGGAAGUAAACAAGUGUUUUUAGUAAGGACAGUUUUCAGUAGGGGUUAAAUAAUAGCAUUCUCUAAAGUAGAAUCAGGCCAGCUUUCCGUCCUACAAGGUUCCACAGUCAUCCAAAGAAGUGUUGAAGAAACAUAGCAAGCAUCUCUCAAAAACUACGUUACAGAGGAUUAUAUCCAAAAGAUUGGUACAUGCAAGGUCAUAACAGUUGAAGAAAGUUACAGAACUCUGUAAUUGCUUGCUGUGUACAGCUGUAGGCAUGGUUUCAAAAUGCAUUCGUAUCAGCUUGAUGAUUUGGCACUUAAUAAGGAAUUCAUCUUUCAAAGCUGUUUUUUGUUUAAUAGGGUUAGCUGCCCCUUUCUAUGCAAAGGUACACUUGUAUUUAUGCUACUUGUUUUAUACAAGACUCCAUUUUUUACCAACUGCUUUAUGAUUGUAUGUUGAUACAUUAUUAAAAAAAGAGGGGACAGUGUUUUUUGUA